AUGGGCACAGAGCCAACAAACAGACGAGUGCCGCCAGAUGUGGCGGCCUUGCUGCGCAAGCGCAAAGCCGAAGAAGAGCUUGCCUCGAAACCAAGAUUUAUCCCGAAGAAAGAGAGAGAGCGCUUGGAAGCCGAGAAGAAGGCCAAGGAAGAGGAAGCGCGUCGGCGUCAAGAAGAGGAGCUUAAAAAGAAGGAAGAGGAAUUCCAACGUGCUAUCAAGAACGGCCUCAGUGGGACAAACGGAGCCAACGGCAUGGAUGGGAUUGAUAACAAGGCUAAGUCGCAGCGCGACAUACCAACCGGCCCCAAGGCUAUGCGACAUGGCGAGGGCGGCAAACGCGGUCGAACGAACGAAGAGGAGCAAAAACGAGCCGAGAUGGAGCGCAACGACGAGGCAGAGCUUCGCGCGCGGUAUAUGGGUCCCGAAGUGAACCAGUCCACAUUUUCAGUCAAGAAGAAGAGGAGAAGGACAGCAACACAAAAGUUCAACUUCGACUGGGAUCCCGAUGAUGACACCAGCCGGCCCUUUGACCCCAUUUACGCCGAGCGCCCGGACCCUCUCUUCAGGAUGGCCGGCUACGAGAUGGACGACGAGCUAGUGCUGCGUAAGGCCGAGGCUAUCCGGCGCGGUGACCCGGAAACGGGCGAGGAGCGCGCGCGGAAACUCCUCGAGCAGCACCAGCGCGUGAAGCAGCUAAAGGAACAGAAGAAUUUGGGCAAGCAUUGGUCGGAGAAGAAGCUGGAGGAAAUGAAGGAGCGCGACUGGCGCAUCUUCAAGGAGAACUUUGGCAUUUCCACCAAGGGUGGUUCUAUUCCAAACCCGAUGCGGAACUGGGAGGAGUCUGGUUUACCGCGGCGCCUGCUCGACAUUGUGUACAGAGUGGGCUACGACGAGCCAACUCCCAUUCAGAGAGCCGCCAUCCCAAUUGCGCUCCAGGCCCGGGACCUUAUCGGUGUUGCAGUCACGGGUUCCGGCAAGACGGCUGCCUUCUUACUGCCACUACUCGUCUAUAUCUCAGAGCUUCCGCCCCUUACAGAAUACAACAAAAACGACGGGCCUUACGCUCUUAUCCUGGCGCCAACCAGAGAGUUGGUACAGCAGAUCGAGUCAGAGGCCCGCAAGUUUGCGGACCCCCUAGGAUUUACCGUCGUGAGUAUUGUCGGUGGUCACUCCCUCGAAGAGCAAGCAUUUGCGCUGCGAAACGGUGCAGAGAUCAUCGUUGCAACUCCUGGUCGUCUCGUGGACUGCAUUGAACGGCGUUUGCUAGUCUUUUCUCAGUGUUGCUAUGUCAUCAUGGAUGAAGCGGAUCGCAUGAUCGACCAGGGCUUCGAGGAGCCGCUGACAAAGAUCUUGGACGCGCUCCCGGUCAGCAACGAGAAGCCCGACACGGAAGAUGCAGAGAACCCGCAGCUCAUGAGCCGGUAUCUCGGCGGCAGAGACCGUUACCGGCAGACCAUGAUGUAUACAGCCACAAUGCCGCCUACGGUAGAGAAGAUCGCCAAGAAGUAUCUCAGACGGCCGGCCAUUGUAACGAUCGGCAAUGCUGGAGAGGCUGUCGACACGGUCGAACAACGGGUCGAGUUUAUUGCGGGUGAAGACAAACGCAAGCGGCGGCUCCAAGAAAUUCUCAACUCCGGACAGUUCAAGCCACCUAUCAUUGUCUUUGUCAAUAUCAAGCGCAAUUGUGAGAUGGUUGCCAAGGACAUCAAGUCAUGGGGCUUUUCGACCGUCACGCUUCACGGCAGCAAGACACAGGAGCAGCGUGAGGCGUCGCUGGCAGCGUUGCGUAACGGUCAGGCCCACAUUCUCGUGGCAACCGAUCUUGCCGGCCGUGGUAUCGAUGUGCCCGAUGUGUCGUUGGUCGUGAAUUUCAACAUGCCGUCCACCAUCGAGGCCUACACCCACCGUAUUGGCCGCACGGGUCGUGCUGGCAAGAGUGGUGUGGCCAUCACGUUCCUUGGCAACGAGGAUGCGGACGUUAUGUACGACCUGAAGCAGAUCAUUUCCAAGUCAUCCAUUUCGAAAGUUCCCGAAGAACUGCGGAGGCAUGAGGCGGCGCAGAGCAAGCCGAACAGGGUCAAGAAGAUCGAAGAUAGUAGUGGGUUUGCCGGAAAGGGCGGAUGGCAGUAG